UAUAAACAGUACCAUGGAUAGAAACAGUGAAUUUAGCAACACUUAAAAUCAAAUCAGUUUUAUAAAACAAACCAAAGUUGUUACAAUGGCAACGGAGCAAACCUUGGAGCAACCUACCGAACCGUUACCCCAAGGUCAUCAUCUUACGGUUGUGAAAGAGGAACCUGUGGAUGGGUUGGAAACUAGAACGGAAAGCUCGUCUUUCUGCUUCGAAACGGUGACCAAGGAGGAGGUUAUUCUAGAGGAUCAACCAGAAUCUGUGAGCGGGCCUGCAACGGCAAUUUCUUCUAAGGAGCACCCCUUCCAAUGCACAGAGUGCAAUCGAACGUUUGCCAAUGUAUGGAAUCUUAAUCGAUGCGUUAAGAGGCACAAUGCUUUGCGACUGGGACUUUACAAAUGUAAAGUUUGCGGAAAGUGCUCUAGUGAUAGGCAUACGCACGUGAGGCACUUGGCCGUCCACAGGAAGGGGUCAAAUGCUGAAGAUGUUUCGGACUCGGAACCAGCCGGAGAGGUUAAGUCAGAAGAAUCUGGUGUGUCAAUCGACGAAAAUGGCCUUUUUAAAUGUCUUGAAUGCGAUCGAACGUACAAGCAGCGUAAUAUGGCGGUCAAAUGUACAAAACGACACUUGGCAAGACGGCUGGGACUUUUCAAGUGUAAAUUUUGUGACCUGCGCGCCGGAACUCUUUCUGACCUUCGAAGACAUGAGGCAAGGCACAAACCAAACACGGAACUGUUGCAAGCUGUCGAGCCAGCGAUUCCAGAACCGAAGAAGGACCUUCCGGAGGAAGAUCAACAACAUGCUAGCGAACAAUCAACGGAAAUCUUUAAAUGUACCGAGUGCAGUAAAACAUACAAUACCAGAAAUAACCUCAACCGAUGCAUGAAAAGGCACAUUGCAAUCAAAAAAGAACUUUACAAGUGUGAGGUCUGUGAGAAGGUUUCCAGUUCUAAGGAAGUACAUACAAGACAUGUGAACAGCCACAAACAAGAAACAAAUCAACACACACAGCUCGAAAAUGGCCUCUUCAAAUGUUCCGAAUGCGAUCGCACGUUCAAGUCAAAGUACUCGGUCAAUAAAUGUAUGAGAAAGCAUGUGGCAAGACGGCUUAAACUUUAUCAGUGCAAAACUUGUAACCGGGUCUCAGGAACUCUUCAUGACCUCAAAGAACACGAACUUAACCACAAGAAGAGAGCGGAAUUACACCUACAGUCUGUCAAAGCAGCGAUUCAAGAGCAGGAUAAGCCACUUCCUGACGCGGCGGUGAAGGAGAAACCUUCGAAGGUGAUGGACGGCUCGUCCGAAGCGGUUACGAAGAAGGCUCUUAGCAGACAUUCAAUGGAAGUGACCAAAGAACGCCCCUUCCAAUGUUCCGAGUGCAACAAGACGUUUAAGCAAUCUGCAUUGGCUCUUAGAUGUGAAAGAGGUCACAAUAAUAUUAAACUUGGACGCUACAAGUGUGAAACAUGUGGAAAGUGUUGUUGUAGCAAGUAUGUUCUUAAAAAGCAUGAGGAGAUCCAUAAAAAGGAGGAUUAUAAAUCAGAAGAAGAUGAUACCCUUUUCAAGUGCUCCGAGUGUCCGCGCCGGUUCAGAGAGCAGUUCCUAGCCCGAAGAUGUGCGAGGCGACACUCGGCAAAGCGGUUGGGAUUGUACGAGUGCCAAAUUUGUAAACUGCGACUGGGAAAUUCGACCGAACUUAGAAUACAUGAACUCGUACACAAGAGAACUGAGCAGGAUAAAACGUUUGCGUGCGAUGUUUGCGACGCGCGCUUUGUAUACAGGGCAAGCAUUACAAAACACAAGCGAAGGCACCACAGCGGAGAGCUUCGAUUUACAUGUCACAAAUGUAAUGUGAAAUUCCCAACGCGGGCAGAGCUUCUAACGCACAUCACAAGACACGACUGGGACGAAACGAAGCAUAAAUAUUCCGCAAAGCUGGUUAAGGCAGACGACGGCACUUAUUUGUGCACCAUCUGUAAUAAGAAGUUUAUCAACCGGGCACCGGCCAAUGCUCAUGUGUUUCGGCAUAUGAACUUAAUUGAAGGGCUUUUCGUGUGUAAAACGUGUGGAUUGCGAUGUGGAGAUGCAUACGAGCACAAGAUACACAUGCAGAUUCAUAAGAAACCGGAAGAAGUACCCGAUGCUUCGGAUGGGAAACCACCGACGGAAGGAAAAGAUGAAAAUCCGUCAAAGGAGGGCGAUACAGCAGGAAAAUCUACCGCUCUCGAUUGCAAAACCUGUCGUAAGCGCCUACGCAAUAAGCAAUCCCUCGAGAGGCAUGAGAUUACCCAUCGGAUAAGAAAAAAGAACUCCACAGAUUAUGCAGCAGCACAAGCGGCAAAAAAGGGUAACACUGAGGAAGCUGGCGCCUCUUUUUGCUACGAAACGGUGACGAAGGAAGAGCUGAUAAUUGAGGAUGACGAGGAGGAAAAAAAAUCUCGAAAUUUGUUGGAAGAUAAUCACGUCAAGGAGGAUGAGGCCGGAGGAGGACAGGAGAAAGAAUCUUGUGAAUCUGUGAUGAAACAAAGUGAUCUCACCGAGGGAGCGACCCAGCAGAACGAAAACGAGAUUUCCAAGAAUGAUAAUCUUGAACAACAUUUGCAGGAGGACUCGUCUUUCCGGAUGGAAUGUGAUAUCUGCCAGAAGAGUUUUAUGACCAAGCGUAAUUUUGAAGCACAUCAAACACUUCACGAAAAGCGUCAAAUUCCACUAGAAUGCCCGAGAUGUCAAGAGGAAUUCGACGAUAAAUACAGCUUGACGAAGCACUAUGAAGCCCACGAAGACGUGGAUUCAAUAUUACGCCCUUUUAAAAUGUUUGUCUUGAUUUGAAAAUUCCAAAAAUAUUUUUUUCGAAAAGAUCGGAAAAUUUCACAAUUGUUUCAUAUAUUAACAUUGAAAAUCGGACCAUUAGUUGCUGAGAUAUUGACGAUAGAAAAUGGUGGGUUGUUUGGGUGAAACUUAGAAAACAUCAAUUUUCCUGUUUUUAAACCUUUGCAUUGCAAUAUCUCAGCAACUAAAGGUCGUAUCAACAUAGUCCGAAUAAGCAAAAUAUAGAGAAUUUUCUCAGCUUUUCAAAAAUAUUUUUUUCAAAACUGGGCAAACAUGUGCACUAAUUUAAAAAAAUGAAAAACUGCGACUAUUUUCAAAAAAGUCACUUAAAUAUGGCUAUAACUUGAAAACGGUGCACUUUAUCAAAAUUUUAGUAAAGUACUUUUUGAUUGCAAAUUUGAUUUUACAUCGAAAAAUGAAGUUGAAAAAUUUUUACGACCAAAAUUUCGAUUUUUUGAAAAAAUCAGUAUUGAUUAAAAAAUUCAUAACUCGGUCAGUGAUUUUUUGCACAACCUGGAAAUUUCUGAAAAGUUGGCAUUUUAUGUCUUCUAAAACAUAUCAAAAAAUAAAAAAAAUUAAAAAUAGUGUUUUUUUGUAAAUCAAGCUUUAGUGAUAAAAAGUUAAAUAAAAAAAUCACCAAAUUUUUUUUUACCGUGUAUUAUUUUUUCCAGUGUAGUCCGUAUCCAUACCUACAACUUUGCCGAAGACACCAAAUCGAUCAAAAAAUUCCUUCAAAAGAUACAGAUUUUUGAAUUUUCAUACAUCAUUUUUGUAUGGACAGCUGCCGAAUUUGUAUGGAAAAUUAUAUGGACAAACUAAUGAUGCAAAAUGGCUUCUUUGGGCAUACCGAAGGCACCAAAAAAGUUUCAGCCGGAUUAAAAAAUACAAAAAUUAAAAUUGAAGAAAAAAGACCGAUUUCGUAGAGAAUUGCU